UUGAAAAAAAUUCAUUGGGCUAAUUUUUUAAUAUUAUUAUUUUUCGUCAAGAAUGGCAAAUUUUGCAGUUAAUUUGAUCUUAUAUUCUAGAAAUUACGACAAAAAAUGGAGUAAAUAUUGAGCUAAAAAUAAUUUUAAAAGUGUUAAGAUGAAGUGCAACGAAAAAAACAUGAUAGCUUUUGCGACAUCGGCAACUCCAGUAGAUCGUGAAGGUUGGUUAAAUAAACGUGGAGAAAUCAACCGCGGAUAUCAAAGACGAUGGUUUGUUUUAAAAGGUAAUAUUCUUUUUUAUUUCGAUCGUCGAGGGGACAAAGAACCAGUUGGUAUGAUUAUAGUAGAAGGAUGUACAAUUGAGUUAGCAGAAGAUGAAGAACAAUUUGGAUUUAAAAUUGUCUUUCAUGGACCUAAUAAUAGAAGUUAUAUUCUUGGAGCUGAAUCUCAGGAAUCAAUGGAGCAGUGGAUGAAAGCCUUAGCAUGUGCAAGUUAUGACUAUAUGAAGUUAAUGGUUACAGAAUUACAACGACAAUUGGAUGCCCAUGACGAAGAAAACACAAUCUCAUCUAUAGAGUUGCCUAAAGUUCCACCAAGACAUAGACAUAACCCAUUUAAUAAACUAGAGUCACAUCAUAGAUCUCAAAGUGUUAGAUCAGCACCUGGUCAAACAGAAAAUAUAUCAAGAGCAAAAGUGUCCUUUAAAGAAUUACAUAAUAUAUAUGGUAGAAGAAUUUUAUCUGAUCUCAAUGAAUGGAGACAUGGAAAAAAAAUUGUUGAAGCUCCAUUAAUUAUUUUCUAAUCAUAAAAUCAAUAUA